AUGAUGGUAAUCCCCCCUCUAGGCCUGCUGUCGGCACUCAGCCCCUUUGUGGGCUCGGCCCUCUCCUUCUCUUCCUACUCUGAUGCGACGAUGAGACAGUGGCUCAAUGCUAGUGGACAGCAACUUGCUGCUCAGGUCGGUCCCAUGUGGUUCUUCUCGCAGGCUUUGGGUCACCCACAAUGUUAUCCAACUUCGGCCUUGACUGGAAGUGCUGGCACGACGCAGGUUAGUGCUUCCGGCCGCUGUGCCCGGCCUAACACCGAGUGCGGCUGCCGAACCGCUGGUGUAGGCAUCAAAAACUGGGGGCCAGACUUCCCUGUUUACAAUAGUCACUAA